GUGAAGAAUCAAACCAAAGAAAAAUAAGUCAGUGGUAUCGGGGUCUUGAGUGGGAAUCCUUUAUGGAAGUCUUGUCACUUCUGUACUUCAAGAGAUGUUUGGGGCAUUUGCUAGGAUCAUACCGAGGGGUUAAGUGACAACAUCUCAUUGGAAGAGCUUGGGAGGCUUAGGAGGAAAGAAAAGAAACUUCUGAAGAGCUUGAAAGAAAUUUACCUGGCCUGUGUCCUGGUCUCUAACGUAAGAUGGCUUGUCUAGAUCAUAUAAUUGAUAACUGAAAGAGCCAUCUCUGUACGGUCCUAUAAUUUCUUUUUUUACAGAUGAAGAAGCUUAAGUCCUAGAGAGGUUAUUUGCCAAGAUAAUCCCUAGAAGGAGGUGGAGUUUGAAUCCAAGUCCUCCAACUCCCACUCCACCAUGCUUCCUCUCCAGUAUUCUCCAAGGAAAGCUGAAGAGUACCUGCGUCUUUCCCAAGUAAAGUGCACUGGAUUGUCUGCUCAUACAACAGAAACAAGUAAUGCAAUCAUGUGUCUGGACCUUGCUGCCACCAAUAUGAAAUGGCCUUUAGACAGAACUUACUUAGUAAAACUUUCUGGUUUGAACAAGAAGAUGUAUCAAAGCUGUCUUAAGUCUUUUGAGUGUUUGCUGGGCCUGAAUUCAAAUCUUGGAAUUAAAGACUUAGCUGUACAGUUUAACUGCGUGGAAGCAGUAAACAUAGCUUCACAGAUACUGCAGAGGUAUGAAGUCAGCCUUCCCCAGAUACAGAAAGUAGAUCUAGAUUUGUCCAAGCCCCUUUUCACAACAGCUGCACUAUUUUCAGCAUGCAGGGUCCUAAAGAUAAAAGUGAAUAAAGACAAAAUAGUGGCCACGUCUGGUGUAAAGAAAGCUGUUUUUGAUCGACUCUGUAAACAAUUGGAAAAGUUUGAACAGCAAGUUAAGGGAGAAUCUAGCAGUUCAGCUUCUCCACCAGCCAAAAGACAGAAGAUUAUAAUUGAACAGUCCAAGAAAGGUGAAGAAAUAGAGGAUGAAGCAGAGUCUCCACAUAAGCCACAGCAAAGUGAAGAUUUAAAACAAGAUUAUGAAGAGUGGAAAAGAAAAAUCUUAGAAAAUGCUACUAAAGCACAAAAGAAGUGAUUUCAGUUUCCAGAUAACACCUGCCACCAAACAUGAUUCUUUCCUCCCCCAUGAGCAUUGAUAGGUCAUUAGCAUUUGCUCUUGAGCAAGAAUUCUAAAAACACUAUCUUGGGGUUGUUUUUCCUAGGCAGUACCAAACAUGUGAUGCCAAGAAAAGCCCUUUCAACUCCAUUCUGAAUUUCCAUAUUUUGGUGAGGUUACUUAAAAGAAGGUAGAUAACACAAAAGUCACAUUUAAGGCUGUGGGAGCUAGCUCCUGAAUUGGAAAUAAACUUGACAGAGUCAGCUGUGUUAUUUGGCAUAGAGCUUCCACUUGCCCAUGAAGUAUGUGUGCUCUCUUUUAAAGGAGUCUAAGGAAACUUAGUAUCUAGAUAAUAUAUUACAUUCUCAUUUUAAAGCUCUACAAAUAGUUUUUCAUACUAUUUGAUGCCUGCUUUUGAUUGUUUUUGCAGUUUUUAGAAUCAUAGAAUCUUUUUGUUUAAAUGAAAUACUGAGACUUUUAAGAUAAUAAAUUUUAUUUCUGUGCCCAGCCUGUCUUAGCUUUUUGUUCAAAAAACAUUUUGUCAUAAAUAAGGAAUAAUUUUCCUCUUAGGCAAAAAAAAAAAAAAAAUGCUUUAGCAGGAUAUCUGAGAAGAAAAUUGAAUUUUUCUGUAUUGUAUUAGCUACCAUACUAAUAGUGAUUUAAGAAGGCCACAUAAUAGACUAUAAAUGAGGACAGUAUUGCAAAAUCAAGAAAUGAACCAAGAUUUAUUUGUGCUUAAGCUUCAGAUAUAUACAAGCUAACAGACACAAUGGCACUUAUACACUCAACAUUAAAAAAUAAACCUAUGGCAUUUGGCCUUCAUAGAAGGUGAAAAGAUCUGGGAAGUGGUACCAUAUAGAAUUUUAUGUUGGUUAGUUGGUUACCUUUUAAUUACAUAUUUUCAAAGAAUAAAACACAAAACUGUUGAGCCCAAUUUUUAAAAUUUCAUUUUAUUACUAGAUGCUUAGGGUAGGCACGUAAUUUGUUUAUUUGCUCUAGAUCUGUGAUUUCAUUGACUUAUAUACUCUGGUUGUAGAAAUUCCUUGCUGGUAAAGUAGAUGAGCGGCUCAUCUAUAACUUCUUACAUAUUGGAACACCAAGAAGUUUUAAAGAUUUACCAGUGGUCACAAAUACAGGGAUGCUCUAGAACCAGGAUUUGAACCCAGCUCUUUCUCUAUUCAGUUCCAGCACUCUUCUGCCACCACUUGGAUAUGUUCCAAUUUUGCAAAAUACACAGCCUGUGUGAAAUCUGAAGGGACUAAAAGCACUUAAAAGAUUUUUUUUUAAGUCACAGAGCAGUUGAGCAAGAUAAGGUUAAAAAUUAUAAGACAAAAAUAUAAACUAUCUAAUUGACUACAUGGUUGUAACUUAUAACCUACAAGUAAAGUUUGCAAAAUUAGUUUCCUAAAAAUAUUAAUGCUCUCAAGCUAAGAAUGGCAAUUCCCCACCUUUUGGAAGGAAAGUCAUUUAGCAAUCAAAUGCCAGUAUCUGUAUGCAACAUAAUAUUUGCUUUCUUACUUGAACUUGAAAGGGAAACAACUAAUGAGAAUGAAAAUAGGAAUAAAAAC